AUACAGCAUCAAGCCACCCACUGUGGGAGACACACACACACACACACACACACACAAACACGCACACACACGCGCGUGCGCGCGCACACACAGAGAGAGAGAGAGAGAGAGAGAGAGAGAGAGAGAGAGAGAGUGCGAGUGAGGGAGAGAGAGAGACCCUAAGCUACAGAUCCACAGCCAAGGAAACGGCAGAUCCCCCAAAUCUCCAACUCUGCGCACAGAGAAGAGAAAGAAGCAGCAGAGACUAACAAAAGCAUUCUUGGCUUUGAGUUUAAGAGAAGAAGGAAAAAAGUGAACAAUACGUUGGGCGAGAUCAUUUACUUGAGAUACAAAGUGAAGAAGAAAAGUGUGACAGGACAGCGUCAGUCAGCGGGUUUAUCAUCCCUCUCCAAAUACUGAGGAACGGAUUGUCGUGCUGCGCUGCAUGAAGGACAAUUCCGUCUUGGGGAAGAAGCGUGCAGAAACAGAAUGAGAGCCAUCAUGAGGAUCACGUGUCUGCUGCUUUUACUCAGCUUCCUGUUCCACAGGGUCUGUUCAAAUGUUGACGGGCCAGCAGCCACCUCUGUGACCAAAAAUGCUGCUUCUGUCACGCCCAGGGCAUCGGCUAUGCCGACUGAUGGUAGUGCAUCUGGGACUGAGCCAGCUAUUGACAGUAAGGCAGGUGUAACUGUUGGUGUCACAACUGGAGCACAUCCAACUGAUGAUGCCGGGAAGAAGAAUGAACCUACGCAAGCAUCAACACCAGCAAAGCCAACUGCUGCAGUCACAAUGCCUCCUGUCCCAACGGCUGCAACAUCCAAGCCUACAGACAAGCAAAACCCCACCCAACCACAAGCACCCACUGUCACUAACACACCUGCAGCACCUUCAACUGUCAUCUCUGAUGUACACACUACUGUGAAGAAUGUUGCCACACCUUCUGCUGCUACGCCCAGCCAACCAAAGACCCCGACACCAGCUGCAACAGCAGACAGCAGCAGCGGCUCAGCGGCACCCCUCUAUGCUGCCACGCUGCAGACCUCUGCAGCCCCAGUACCCAGUAAAACUUCUAGGACUGAAGCGGCUGUUGGAAAUCCUGCCAAUGCAGGGACAACCAAGAUCACAAAGGUCUCAACAGACACCCCUGCACCAGACCAACAGUCCAUGACUCACACCCCCAUCACCACCAAGCCGGGCCAGGACAGCAAAGGAAGUACAGAGGAAGCAACUGUUACGAUUACAAGCCACAAGCACAUGGCAUCAAAGGCCCCAGAGCCAACUGGGAACAAGGGGACCACCAGCAGCCCCUCCACCCCGACUAAAGCAAGACCUCCUGCAUCAGAAACCUCUGGUACCAAAACUGGACCAUAUCCCACGUCCCCACAAAGCACCACCUCCACCACAACCACCACUACCACCACAGCAGCUCAGCCAAAGAUGUUUUUGUAUUCUCUAAAUAACGGACAGGAGAUGUUAUUCUACCUUCAGAAAGAGGACGAGAAAGAUCUGGUGGAGGUGUGCAGGAGGCUGAUGGUGACAUUGCAAGAUGGGAACUGCACCCUCAUGUGGCGGCACCACAACGGCAAAAUACAAUUUGACCGUGUGGAGCUAAAUGGCAAAGUGAAAACCAGCCUUGCAACCCAAUAUUAUGAGGAAAUCACCAAGAAACCAACAGAUAACAAAACCCUGAUAGCCAUCCUGGCCUCCUGUGGAGCUCUGCUCAUCAUGAUCGUCAUCCUGGCUGUGUGUGCCUCCCACCACCGCAGGCCAUACAACGAGAACCAGCAGCACCUGACAGAGGAGCUGCAUACGGUGGAGAAUGGUUACCACGACAACCCAACGCUGGAGGUGAUGGAGGUGCAGCCGGAGAUGCAGGAGAAAAAGAUGGUGCUCAAUGGAGAGUUCAAUGACAGCUGGAUUGUCCCCAUCGACAACCUGCUCAAGGAGGACAUACCUGACGAGGAGGACACUCACCUGUAGAGACGGCCGGGGACAGAGAAGAACAAGUAGGAGACAGCGACAGGACCUGUAUAGUUCCAGCCACACCAAAACAAACAAAACAAUCCACACAUUUUGCUCCAUGCCAGUCCCCAGCUCUCACUCCUGACCCUGGACCUGUUGUCCCUGAAAUUUUUUUUCACAAACAGAUACAUCCAAUAGAUUGGCCAAGCCCACACAUUCAUGCUGUCUGUCUGAUAUAUUUCUAUUGUAGUUUGGUAUGACAAAGAAAUGAGGGUAAAAAGUCAAACACUUUUAGAAGUACCAAUAGAAUUGUACACAGUGGCCUUGGAAACUUCAACAUAUGUCCACUAAAUCAAUCACGGUUGUGCCUAUAUUGUAGUUUUUAUAUGUAAAAAGUGACUCUCUACAGAGCACAAUUCAAAGUAAGUCAGUCUGGAAACUCAAAGUGCUCCAAACCCCAAGAGGAUUGUGCCUUUUUAGAAUGUACACAAGGAUGUGUCAAUAGAGUAUUAUGAUGUUAUUUUGUGAGAAUGAGGAAGAGUCACGUGAUGUUGCAAACUGAUUCAUUUGCUCUGGAGGCCUCAUAGAGGUAAUGGCAACAUCAGCUGCCUCUGGAGGUCCACAGUUACUAACUUAGAUAGAAAUGACCUCAAGAUACUGAAAAGCAUCCUGGAGAUUUUCCACGAGUGGGUGUUAGCUCUGAGGGAGCUGCUAAUGGCUGUAAAGGCAACACUGAUGCAGUAAUCAGAAGAGGCACAUGGGUGUAUAGAAAUAAGACAAAUGAAGGAUUUUAAUCCAUAAUGCCACAGAUUGACUCGAGGGUGUACGGAGUGCUUGAGGGGACAUGUCACAGGUAUAUUUUGUUUUGUGUUUUCUCUUCGUUUCUUGAUACAUGACCCUGGCUUAAAGUUUUCAUGUGAUUACAAUCAAGAGAAAAGGCUCCAGCUUUCAUCUGAUUUUUUUUUUUUAAUUAUUUGUCCCCUCUGGCUUUCCAUAAAUGGAGGAUAUUGCUCAGUUUUCUUAAAAGAAAAAUCAGCUGAUCAUGUUUGUAGUGAGCGUUACCAUCUUUAAUUCAAAACUAAAGUCACAUUAUUACUGAUUUUAACUGAUAUGUUUGGUUUAUUAUUUUAUUAUAUAUUUCAAUCAGUUUUGCUGCAAUAGUCUUACUUGGUCUGGUCAGACCAGUAGCAUAGGGUGGCUGACUAACAUUUAAUGGCUUAAGAACAGAAAUAAAACAGGGAGUAAGCACAUUGUGCCUCACCAGCAGAUACACUGGGUGUUUCUCAAAGUCAAGGAGGGAUCCUCAAACGGCAGAAUUUCAAGGAUGCUACGUCAUUGACCCCUGCCAAAGGGCUGUUUCAAUAGGCUCUUUCGAGAUGAGCCAGUCCUGCGCAGAUUCGAUCACGGGCGAUCGGCGCACAAUGCGUGCCAGUUAGUUUUGCUGUUGAUUUGCUCUGAUGUAUUACAGAAGUGGACAGCGAUAAUCUCGCCGCAGCGAGGGGGCCGCAGUUUUUAGAGCCAGGCACUGCAGUUGCUCUCCACCGACUGCAAGACCCAGGGCAUGACGGAAAUGCCUGGCUCUCACCUGAUCUAACAGCCGAUUGGUUUAGACGAUGACUCAACAAGAUGACAUUUCAGAUAAACUUUUAAUUUGUCUUGAAUUUCAGAGAUUUAAAUUUCAUUUGUCUGAUUUGAAGGUUUAUUCUGUUAACAGAAAACAUGUGUCACUGAUGGUGAAGUUUAUUCAUCAGAGACUAAAUGCAAUUAUCAUAAACUAUACAGUCUACUGUAUGUUAACAUGGACUGUUUUCAUUAUUGAAGUAGCCUGUUUGACAUCACAGAGACUCUCACAGGCAUAUCUUUCCAAAAAUUCACACAUAUAAUGAAAAGCCCACCCUGAAAACAUGUACAGAGGAAUUUUCAAUCAGCGUCAUAGUGCCACCUACUGGCAACAGAAACUUACUUUUUUCUAUGAUGGUCCCUCUUUUACCAGGUUAAUCAGACACACCUCAAAUUUGCUGAAAUUAAGUCCUUAGACUCUGAUGAUACUUAAAAAUGAAGCUCUUGAGUUUUCAUCAAACGCUGUCACCGUGGCGCCGCCUUAUUAGCAGUUAAACACGAUAUUGUUUUUAAGAAGCAAUGGAUGCUUGAAAACUCAUCAAACAUGGCACACACAUAAGAGGUUCCAAAUUCUGCUGUCUGAUGUGAAUUUUGUGCUUUGAUGUGCCAAGAUGGCCCAACAGCGCCCCCUAGAAAAUUUUAAUGAAGCAGCCCUUGAAGCUGGUUUGACCUGCAUGUAUUUAACUUGGUAGGCACCUGUAACACUCUAAGACGUACAGAAAAGCCUCUUGGAGUCAUGCUCCAAACCCACCAGGAAGUCUGCCAUUUUGAAUAUACAUGAAUUAAGGAACUUGUCCUAGAGAUUUUAUCUGAUCGACUUCAAACAUUGGUCUGUCCCACUGAAAGACCUUGAAGAAGAAAAGUUAUAACAGGCUUGAGUUUUCGAUAUACGGCGUGACCGUGGCAAGGCGUUAAACUUCCAUGUGUCGCCAUAAACAGGAAGUGGUUUGUAAUUCCAGCAUAUAUGGUCCAAUCUUCCCCAAUCUUCACAGGUUUGAUGACAGUCCCGCCCGGAACAGAUCUAUCUCUCAAUAUUCAGUGAAGAGUACAGCGCCACCUAGCAGCAACAGGAAGUACGUCUUAUCAGACACUUUUUUGAUUUACCUGACAUUUACAUGCUGUGGUGUAUAUUUCAUGUAUAGGAACAUGACAUAUUGUUAGUGCCUUCUCCAGCUCCCUCCAGUGGGAAGAGGAAGUGGUACAAAAUGUGAAAUAGUCAAUUCCGGACUGAAUGAAGUAUAUGCUGUCUCGCUCCUGCAUGUGUGUUGUCUGACUUUGACAGAAAUGAGCACCCAGCACCCCCGAGUUGCGCAGAGGUGUGAGGGCCCGUUCAUCGCUGCUUGCAGCUUUAAUUAUUAUUAUUAUUGUUAUUGUUCAGAAAUGUUUUUGCACAUUCCUGUGAGAUGGUACAUCUUAGAAACAUGAAAAUGAUUGGAAGUUGUGUGCAAAUGCUGCUCAAGAUAUAAAUUUGCCAAUAGGCCAGAUGGGGGCGCUAUAAUUAAGGUCAAAGAAAAUUUGGAUUUGAAAGGCCACCACCCUUGCACCAUAUGUCAGAUUGACAUAAAACUCGAGAUACUUGGUCAGGUGAAGGGGUUCUACAAAAGCCUACAUAAUCCUACAGAUCCGCCUACUAGAAUGUCCGCUAUAUUGAAUUUUCUGAAAAACACCAUUUUUACAUCUCCUCCUAAGACGUAGGUCUGAUUUCCACCAAACGUUCUGUGAAUCAUCAUGGGAUGCAGCUUUGUAAAAGUUAUCAAAGACUUUUUGAUAUGUCAUUGCGUUUUGGUGAUACUGACCAAUGAAUUGGAUUGAAAUGGACUUUAGUCCUUAACCAUCGAGCCAAUUGACACAAAACUUGUAGAAAAUGUCGACAAAAGUAUCUGAAUCAUAUUGUGAAAGUUUGAUUCAAAUCAACCAAUAGGGGGCGCUACAUAAUCAGCCAGAGGUAUUUGUACAAAACUUAGUCUGCAUCAUCUAGGGUCAUGUCUCAGCUGAUGCACAAAAUUUAAAAAUUAUUGCUUAAAGGGGGCGUGGCUUAUUACAUUAAAACUAAAUUUCAAUACAUUUUAAAGUCCAUACUUCAAAAAAUCAUAAUAAAUCACCAGUGUGUCCUACACAGCUGUAAUUCAUCCACUGAAUGGUGACAAAACUUUGUCGCACUGUAACCUAUAGUCAAUUCAGAAGUCCGUCACUCUAUAUUUUUAAGAAUAUGCAAAAUCAAUUAACAUCUAUAACUCCAAAAGUCUUCAUCCAAAUGCACCCACCAUUGCCACAAACAUUCUUUGGAUACUACUGUAGAUGUCACGUUUCAAAUGGUGUUCAGAUCGGUUAAAGUGUAAGCUCACAGUGCUAGUCAUUAUCUUGUAAUUUGUACUGUAUGCACAUUGUCUAUUUCAUAUAAUUUUGAAACCAAAUGUCACCAAAAUAUUUGACAAUAUAGGCCUACCUGAAAUCAGCAGAAUGAUGUGCGAUUAUUUUCAGAAUUUUGUCACAAACGCUUUUACUGUUAAUGAUAUCUGAUUGUUUUAUGAGGAUAUUCACCAAUGAGCUUUAAAGGGGGCGUGGCUCAGCAAAUGACUCCACAACGUUUGCAUAAAUCAUCACAAACAUUGCAAGCAAUGUCUGAAGAGGUACAAGGCACAUAUCUUCAAAGUUUCAUUCAAAUUGACCACUAGGGGACACCACAAAUACAAAAAAUGGGCAUGCAGUAACACAAAUCAGACUAAAAUCAGAAAUUGAUUGUCCAGUCUUUACAAAACUUGCAGGCUAUGUUAAAUAAUAAUUAUUAAACAUGUAUUAUUCUAAAUUGGUCAAUAGGGGGUGCCACAAGGUCCAAAUAAGUGCAAAGGCCUUUCACAAAAUUCAGCCAUAAAUCAAUGAGGGUUUUUUCAAACAUCACCAAACUUGGUGGAUUUUUUUAAUUAAACCAUUAAGCAUGUCCCCCAGAAUGUUCCUGCAGUUGACCAAUAAGAAGCGACAGUGCUUCCAAAGAAGAGCGUGGCCCAAUAAAGAUUUGGACAUAAAUGGAUGAGCAUCUGUCUGAUUGUCAUAAAACCUGUUGGUAAUCUUUUAUGCGGGUGUCCUGAACUGUCAAAGGUCUUUAUUCUUCUUAGCUCUAAAGAUUUAAAUUUCCAUAUUACUGUCGCUGAGUUUGUGGUGAUACACACAUAAUAUCUACAACACCUUGGAAUCACAGUGUGAUUCUGUGUGUGAGUCUGUGAACAUACUGUACAUGCUGUGGUGAUUGAGGACUUUUUCCAGCUGUUCUCUUUACUGCACAAUGAAGGGAUCAGGGUGUGAAUGUGUGUGAGAGUGUGUGUGGCGGGGCUUUACCUGGCCUCACCUGUGAACAGCACCCUUUGCAUAUUCAGUGAAAAGAAAGAUUACACCCUUUGCAUAUUCAGUGAAAAGAAAGAUUACAUUUGUUCAAAUUAUACAACAUUAGAGAGUAUCAAAAUUACCACAGUACCCUGAAACCCCUUCAGUCUGCUGAGGGUUAAUGACGCACACCUGGGGGACACUUGAUAGCCUGUUCCAAUGUGCGUCCAUCACAUGCUAGGAAGGACUCUUGCCUUGCCUCUGUAGAAUCCUCUCUUGGAAAGACCCAUCCUACUAAGGAAGGAUCCUUGAUUUUGAGAAACACCCAAUAUUUAUGUUUUAUCUUGUCUGUGGUCACAUUUAACUCACUUGAAUUCAGAUUGCGGAAUGAAAAAUGUCUUUAAAGCAACUAACUUAAGAGGAUCUUGGGAAAUGUAUUUGGUCAUCAUUCUGUACUUAACCACUUGUGACCACAGAGGGCGCUGUUCAAGAAAAGUAAUGUAGGGGAGAGCGGGGUCAGUUGAGGCAGUGCCUUUUUAGCGAGUUAGAGAGCAAUUAUGCCAUUCACCAUGCUCAUACUGAGCCACGCCAUCACCAUCUGACUAUUUCUCAUAUUUUAAUCACAGUUUUAAAAUCUGAAGCAUGCAUGUAAAGUUUUGGUUCUUUGGUUAUUUUCCUUCUACCGUAAUGUUUUUAGUUAUGACACAUACACAAUAGGCCUACAUUUUAACCCCUGAGCAUACUUUUAAUGUUGUUUUUAUUGGCUUUUUUUUUUUUUUCAAAAUGAAACCAAUUUAAUAGCCUACAUAAACGUAUAGGCCACAUGUACCUAUGGUAACCACAUUGAGCUGAUAGGUGUCACUGAAAUAGAAACUAGGGAGACCGCCUAAUUCCAUAUCUCAGUAAUUUAUGUAAAUAUAAUAAUUUCACUUUUUUUUUUUUUAAUGUAUGAACAAAUGACAUUGUAAAUACAAGGUGAUCAAAUGUAAACUGUUUGUUUUUUCUUUCAAUUUAAAUCAUAUUUUUCUUUAGCCCUGAAAAAGGUGUGCCAAUCGAUCCUAACCACUGUCCAAACCGUCCCGGAGAGGAGAAAUUUGAGGAGAAAAAAAUGUGCUUUUCACACUUAAACUUUAUAAAUUAUUAGCAGACACCUGUAUCUGUUCAGGGAGCAAAUUAUUUUCAUUACCAUUUGUCUGUGAGUAAUUGGAGGUUAUUUUGUGUCAAAACAAAAGUGUCCCAAUGGACCCCAUUCUCCCCUACUUUAUGUGUUCUAAAGUGAAAGAAAAUUAUCUCUGGUUGCAGAUGGAGUAAAAUGGCCCUGAGUUAUUGAAACUAUGGUGGUUGUUUACAACAGACAGUUUGGUUUGUAAUGUCUCUUUUCGCCUUUGUUUUUCUUCUCUAAGUAAGUUUGGCCUUCUCUCAGAUGAGCUGAUGCUUAACACCCUGUUGGACUCUACAAAGUCAUUAUUCUUGACAGGAGUGAUGGCAAAACUACCAGGUUGUAAUAAUAUGGAAAUAUCCUUCAACUACAUUGAAAUUACAGUAUUUUCUACAGCCAAUGCCCAUAAACAUUUCAAUAAUGCGUAUACUGUUUAGACAGCAGAGAAAUAUCACAAAAAGAUCAAUUCUGCUAUAAGAGGAACUCUGGACUGAUGCGGAUUUUAUUUUUUAAACCACCUCUGACACAGACACUGUAAAUUUUUUUUUUUUUUUUCACUGAUGCUCGAGGGUGGGGUCGUGUGUCAUUUUUUCAGAUAUCUGACUUGAUAUUAAAACCCUUACAGCAGAGCCUGGGCACCUCUAUGUCUGAAAUUAUUUUUGUCAUUUUCGAUUUUUUAAAUAAUUUUCUCUUUUAAACACAUUAAAUUAAUAUAUCUGUACUUAUAUACAAGUGAAUCAUCACCUUAGGCACUCCAAUCCAUCUUUUGUUUGCUUUUGUAUUAUUUGUGUGUGUCUACAGUUUCGCUUUUAUUAUAGCUGUGAUAUUUUCACCAAAGUACAUUGCCAGUAUUUUAUAUAUUUAUGGUUUGUUUGCUGCUUAAGGCAAACAACAGGGGUCUGACACACUGGAAGCUGUAAAUUGCUGAUGGCCUCGGAGGUCAUGUUGUUCUACCUGUUCAGAUUUGCAAAUAAAGGCAGUCUUUUUUUCCACU